CUGAAGACUCCAGAUGACAUCAGAGCUUCUUUUCAACAGCCUUCUCAGUUUCCUUUCACAGAAAGCAGAGGCUUAAACCUUGGAGUGACGAGUACUGAUAUUUGCAUUUAAUGGGAAACAAAAGAUGAAGACGGCAAAACAGUAUAUUCACUAAGGAGUAUAUCUGCUUGCUGCUACAGACCCAUGUGUUAAGGAAUUCUACUUCUUCUGUAAAAGUUGAUCAGCCCUGUGAUCAGACUGCAUUGGAGUUUGCCUGCCUUUUACAUUGUUAUUGCUAGAAGAAGUCCAAGUCAGAAUGUAACAGUACACCUCUGAUUGCUAUGGAAGGUGAUAAACUGACAUUCACUAAUUAAAGUUACAUCUCAAUCACCCACAGAAAACCAUUCUUUAAAGUGAAUAGAAACCAAGCCCUUGUGAAUACUUCUAUUGAACAUGACUCAUGGAGAAGAGCUUGGCUCUGAUGUGCACCAGGAUUCUAUUGUUUUAACUUACCUAGAAGGAUUACUAAUGCAUCAGGCAGCAGGGGGAUCAGGUACUGCCGUCGACAAAAAGUCUGCUGACCGCAAUGAAGAAGAUCAGAACUUUAACAUUUCUGGCAGUGCAUUUCCCACCUGUCAAAGUAAUGGUCCCGUUCUCAAUACACAUACACACCAGGGAUCUGGCAUGCUGCAUCUCAAAAAGGCCAGGCUGCUGCAGUCUUCUGAGGACUGGAAUGCAGCCAAGCGGAAGAGGUUGUCUGAUUCCAUCGUAAAUUUAAACGUAAAGAAGGAAGCUUUACUGGCUGGCAUGGUUGACAAUGUGCCUAAAGGCAAACAAGAUAGCACAUUACUGGCCUCUUUGCUCCAGUCAUUCAGCUCUAGGCUGCAGACUGUGGCCCUGUCACAACAAAUUAGGCAGAGCCUCAAGGAGCAAGGAUAUGCCCUCAGUCAUGAUUCUUUAAAAGUAGAAAAGGAUUUAAGGUGCUAUGGUGUUGCAUCAAGUCACCUAAAGACUUUGUUGAAGAAAAGUAAAGCUAAAGAUCAAAAGCCUGAUACCAAUCUUCCUGACGUAACUAAAAACCUCAUCAGAGAUAGGUUUGUAGAAUCACCUCAUCACGUUGGACAAAGCGGAACAAAGGUCAUGAGUGAACCCUUGUCAUGUGCCGCCAGAUUACAGGCUGUUGCAAGCAUGGUGGAAAAAAGGGCUAGUCCUGCCACCUCGCCUAAACCUAGUGUUGCUUGUAGCCAGUUAGCAUUGCUCCUUUCUAGUGAAGCUCACUUGCAGCAGUAUUCCCGAGAACAUGCUUUAAAAACACAAAAUGCAAAUCAAGUGGCAAGUGAAAGACUUGCUGCUAUGGCCAGAUUGCAAGAAAAUGGCCAGAAGGAUGUUGGUAGUUUCCAGCUCUCGAAAGGAAUGCCAGCCCAUCUUAACGGUCAGGCAAGAACAUCAUCAAGCAAACUAAUGACUAGCAAAAGUAAUGCUACAACAUUUCAAAAUCCAAUGGGUAUUGUUCCUUCUUCCCCCAAAAAUGCAGGCUAUAAGAACUCACUGGAAAGAAACAAUAUAAAACAAGCUGCCAAUAAUAGUUUGCUUUUACACCUGCUUAAAAGCCAGACCAUACCUAAGCCUAUGAAUGGACAUAGUCAUAGUGAGAGAGGAAGCAUUUUUGAGGAUAGCAGUACACCUACAACUGUUGAUGAAUAUUCAGACAACAAUCCUAGUUUUACAGAUGACAGUAGCGGUGACGAAAGUUCUUACUCUAACUGUGUUCCCAUAGAUUUGUCUUGCAAACACCGAAUCGAAAAAGUGGAAUCUGACCAACCUGUUUCUCUAGAUAACUUAACUCAGUCCUUGCUCAACACCUGGGAUCCAAAAGUCCCAGAGGUGGAUAUCAAAGAAGAUCAAGAUACCUCAAAGAAUUCCAAGCUAAAUUCACACCAGAAAGUAACCCUUCUUCAGUUGCUACUUGGCCAUAAGAAUGAAGAAAAUGUAGAAAAGACCACCAGCACUCAGGGAGUACACAGUGAUGUGACAAAGUUCAGUACACAAAAUUAUACAAGGACUUCUGUAAUAGAAAGCCCCGGUACAAAUAGGACUACUCCAGUGAGCACUCCACCAUUACUUGCAUCCACCAAAGCAGAUUCUCCCAUCAAUCUUUCUCAGAACUCCCUGGUCAUCAAAUGGAAUUCCACACCAUAUGCCUGCAGUACUCAGUCUGAAAAGCUAAUGAAUACUGCAUCUAACCACUUGAUGGACCUUACAAAAAGCAAAGAAUCACAAGGAGAGAAACCAGCCCAAAAUGAAGGUGCACAAAACUCUGCCACUUUUAGUGCCAGUAAGCUGUUACAAAAUCUAGCACAGUGUGGGAUGCAGUCUUCCAUGUCAGCGGACGAGCAGCGACCCAGCAAACAGCUGUUAAGUGUAAACCCAGACAAACCGCUAGGUAUGAUUGAGAGAUUAAAUAGCCCUCUGCUCGCAAAUAAAACAAAUGCAGCUGAAGACAAUAAGGCAUUCAGUAGUCAGUCAGCAGCUCCUGAGCCAGGACUUUCUGGUUCUGAAAUAGAAAAUCUGCUUGAAAGACGCACUGUCCUCCAGUUGCUCCUGGGAAAUACCAACAAAGGUAAGAGUGAAAAAAAAGAGAAGAUUCCUGUAAGAGAUGAAAGUACUCAGGAACACGCCGAGAGAGCUUUAAGUGAACAAAUACUGAUGGUGAAAAUAAAAUCUGAGCCUUGUGAUGACUUACAUAUUCAUAACACAAAUCUGCACUUGAACCAUGAUACUAAGAGUGCCCCACUACUGGGUAUGGCUCCUACCAUGCAGAGAAACGCAGCUGCCUUACCAGCAUCCGAGGACUUGAAAUCGGAGCCAGUUUCACCUCAGGAUUUUUCUUUCUCGAAGAAUGGUUUGUUAAGUCGGUUGCUGAGACAAAACCAUGAGAGUUACCUGGCAGAUGACCCGGACAAGAGCUACAGAAGCAGUGAACUAACACUUCUGGAGUCAAAGAAUCUUUGUAUGGUCCCUAAGAAAAGGAAGCUUUAUUCUGAGCCAUUAGAAAAUCCAUUUAAAAAGAUGAAAAAUAACAUUGUUGAUGCUGCAAACAAUCACAGCGCUCCAGAAGUACUGUAUGGGUCUUUGAUUAACCAGGAAGAGCUGAAAUUUAGCAGAAAUGACCUUGAAUUUAAAUAUCCUGCUGGUCCUGGUUCAGCCAGUGAAAAUGAACAUAGGAGUUGGGCCCGAGAGAGCAAAAGUUUCAAUGUUCUGAAACAGCUCCUUCUCUCAGAAAACUGUGUGCGGGAUUUGUCCCCACACAGGAGUAACUCUGUCGUUGACAGUAAAAGAAAAGGACACAAAAAUAAUGUGACCAGUAGCAAACCUGAGUUCAGCAUUUCUUCUUUAAAUGGACUGAUGUACAGUUCCACUCAGCCCAGUAGUUGCGUGGAUAACAGGACAUUUUCAUACCCAGGAAUGGUAAAAACUCCUGUGAGUCCAACUUUCUCUGAGCACAUGAGCUGUGCGGGUUCUCGGCCAGAAACUGGGCUUUUGAGUGGCUGUCCCGGGCCCAGUGAGAAGGGACCCAUUAAGUGGGUUAUCACAGAUGUAGAUAAGAGUGAGUAUGAAAAAGACUCUCCAAGACUGACCAAAACUAACCCAAUCUUGUAUUACAUGCUCCAGAAAGGAGGCAGUUCUGUUACCAGUCGAGAAACGCAGGAUAAGGACAUUUGGAGGGAACCUUCUUCUGAAAGUGUCUCACAGGUUCCAGUCAAAGAAGAGUUACUUACUGCUGCAGAACCUAAGGCUUCUUUCAUCAACUUAAGAAGCCCUUACAACAGCCAUAUGGGAAAUAACGCUUCUCGCCCACACAGUGCAAAUGGAGAUGUUUACGGACUUCUGGGAAACAUGCUAACAAUAAAAAAAGAAUCCGAAUGAAGUGUACCUGCCAGUCAGCUUUGGAUCACUUUAAAACUAAUUAGUAUGAACUUGAGAUCUGUAUAAAUAAGAGCAUGAUUUGAGAAAAGCAUGGUAUAAUUGAAACUUUCUUUUUUUAUUUUGAGAAGUAUUGGUUACUGGUGAUGUUUAAAUAUGCAUACUAAUUUUUGCUUAACAUUAGAUGUCAUGAGGAAACUACUGAACUUAGCAAUUGGUUGUUUCACACUUCUGUAUGCAUCAGAUAACAACUGAGUAGCCUAUGAAUGAAAUUAUUUUAUAAUCAUAAAUAAGAGGCAUAAGUUAAAAUGUAAAAACUCCAUCCAUAGUGGAUUACUGCAUUUUGAUGCCUUGAAUAGGGUGUUUCAUUUUGCUUUUCAGAAGUCAGCCUACAUGUUUUUUUUAAAAAUCCAAACUCUUAAAUAACUCUUAGGGAAUAAUAUCAAAUUAAAAUUUUAGUUCUGAUUCACAUCUCAUUAUCCAGUAAUAAAUUAUCCAAUAAAUCAGAAAAACUAUAUACUUAACAUUUUUCACUUUUGCUAAAAGACAUAUUUGUUUUUAACUCUUGGAAGGGGUUUUUGAUUCCCAGUAUGUCUGCCCACCCCAGUCCUUUUCAAUACAUAUUUCUUUAAACCUUGUACUACUUAGUAAAAAUUGAUUACAAUUGAGGGAAGUUUGAUAGAUCCUUAUAAAAAAGGACAGAUUUCCAUUUUUGUAUUUUAACUACUUUACUAAAUUAUUACUCCUCCUUUUACAGAAUUAGGGAAGUUAACAUUUGUGUUCAGGUGGUUUCCUGAAUAGUUGAAUAUUUAAGAAAUUGUUUAUAACAGAAGUAAAAUGGCUUUUCUUUGGACAACUUUCACCAUCUCUUGUAAAAGUUAAUUCUCACCAUUCCUGUGGUACCUGUAAGUCUUAUGACCAGGAUUUCUUAAAGCUGGACUCAGACCACCUGCAUAAGAAUCAUCUGGAGCACUUGUUUUAAAUUGCAGAAUUACAGGCAGCAAAUCAGAUCUGCAAAGCAAGUACCUGCUAAGUGGACCUGGGAAUCUUUCGUCUGCACCUUAACUCGCUCCCUAGGUGUUUCUUCUGCACACUGAAGUUUGAGGACCAUUGCUUAUGACUUUUCUCAGAAUAUGGACUGUAAAAAAAGAAAAAAAAAAUUGAUGCCUAUAUUUUCCCCAGUACAGUCACACAUCAAUUCAAAAUUUGCAAUAUUAUCAUUCCUAUAUUACUGUUAUGUCUUUGGAAAUCGGGUACAAAAUACUUUUUAUGACAAAAAAAAAAUUGGGUGGAGGGGGACAACUUUCUUAUCUGGCUCAACAUCUCAGGAAAAUCUGUGAUUAUUUAUGUAUUCUAAUGAAUAACAUCUACUUAAUUAGCCUUAGGGAUGGAAUAACAGGGCCACUUACUAAACUCAGGUGAUUCCAGGAAGAUUUGGAAACUUCUCCUGACUACAUCCUUGACUUCUAUUAAAACCAUUGUCCUAAGAACAAUGCUGACAAAGAUUAAAACAUUUAGUUCAAACCCAAGAAAGGCACUAAUCUCAGAUUGACUCAACAAAUGUGUACAGAGAUCACUUAUCUGACAGAAUUGUAUACAGCCACUCCAUUGAGUCUAGUAUUUUGAAAUAGUGAUUAAAAGUAAACAUUGAUACUGUCUUGGAAGAACUUACUGUAUUUCUGAACCACCUGGUUUUCAGUCUUGAAGCAAGUCCGUUUUUAAGUUCAGUUUUUACAGUCCGCAGUUCAUGCACCAGAUAAUAUUUUGGCUUUUAAUUUUUAAAUGGGUUAAAAAAUAACCUAUCAAAAAUUAUCAGCUGUUAAUUAGAAGGAAAUUAAUUUGAAGUUGUUCUACUUGAACUUGUUUCUAAGAAUUUUAUAUUAAAAUGGGUGUUAUUUCCUAAUAUCUAAAAUUCGAAAUGGUUAUUUUUUCUCAAAAUGCUUUAUACACAGAGUUAUUGGAUAUAUUAUAUAAUAGCCAAGAGUGAAUAUUGGUGAAGGCAUAUGCUUAUUCGGACAUGAAAAUCCCACGGGCCAGUGAAUAUAUUCUACUCCAUGUCCAUACUGUGACAGUCUUAAUGUCUACACUGUAGAAGUAAGCUUUUAAACAAACCAUUGUUCUCAUCAUUGUGCAAAGCCUUUCAGGUACGUCAGAAAAAAAAUGCCAGUAUUCUCCCUUGGUUAGGAGGAAGUGAGUAAGACAUGGGUCAGGGAGAAGACCAUCAAGGGCCAGCAUUGCUAUUUUUUUGUUUGGUUGAUUGUUGUUAACAAUGAAAGGCUUGAGAAUAUGUAAUACAUAAAUAAAUGUGACCACAAAGAAUGCUGUUCUGAUUUACUGGAGAAUGUCCCCAAUGUGAGUUGCCUUUGAUUUUGUAAGGAGAGGGGUGAGAAAGGGCAUACAUCCACAAAGCCACUUUGUUUAUGCACAUGUAUUUACAAGGAUGCACACAUACUUCACAUUUUCAAGGACUAUUUUAGAUAUCUACACAAAUUCUUCCUAAUAAAGUCAUUUGUGAAGGGGUACUACAGCUCUCAUUGACAUCAGUAAGGUAGCAUUACCUGUUUAUUCUGUGCUGCAUCUUACAGAAGAGUAAACUGGUGAGAUAUAUAUUUUAUAUAUAUAUAUAAAAUGUAUAUAUAUAUUGACUUGUUACAUGAAGAUGUUAAAAUCAGUUUUUAAAGGUGAUGUAAAUAGUGAUUUCCUUAAUGAAAAUUACAUAUUUUGUAUUGUUCUAAUGCAACAGAAAAGCCUUUUAAUCUCUUUGGUUCCUGUAUAUUCCAUGUAUAAGUGUAAAUAUAAUCAGACAGGUCUAAAAAUUGUGCAUGUAUGUAUACAGUUGCAAGUGUGGACAAAUGUAUAGAAUAAACCUUUUAUUUAAGUUGUGAUUAUCUGCUGCAUGAAAAGUGCAUGGGGGACCCUGUGCAUCUGUGCAUUUGGCAAAAUGUCUUAACAAGUCCGAUCAGAUGUUCAUCCCAACAUGGCAGUAUUCCAUUUCUGGACAGGACUUCCGUGGUUUAAGCUUUGUGAAAGGGUGUUCUUUGAAUCCAAUGGUCUGAAAAUUUUUUUAAAAAUCAAUUCAACUACUUUUUGACAUAAUGAAUUCACACAGCUACUUUCAUGAAUUUUUAAAUCCCAUUGGAAGCAUAUUAUACCAGGAGUAUUCCAAUAUUAGUAAAUACUGGGAUACAGGCACAUUACCAUUCAUGGUAAGAAUUCUGCGGUUUACACAACCAAUUUUGAUGCGCUCUGCUCAGUAAUAUAAUUUGUCAUUUUUAUUAGGAGUUUAAUUUCUUCAUGUGAUGUCAUGAAACUGUACAUACUGCAGUGUGAAUUUUUUGUUUUGUUUUUUAAUCUUUUAGUGUUUACUUCCUGCAGUGAAUUUGAAUAAAUGAGAAAAAAAUG